AGAGAGAGAUAGAUAGAUAGAUAGAUAGAUAGAUGGGUGGAUGGAUGCAAAGCACAGAUACUAAGUACAAAAGAUGUAAAAGUGAAUUUUUGCACUUAAGUGGGCAUCCCAUAAUGCAUGGAACAUGGCAGACUGCAGUGGUGGACUUUGGUGCUGAGAACUGCUGGACCAAUUCGAGAUGUAGACCUGUACAAUACAGGCAGUCAAACAGUAUUUAAGGAAAAUACACUUUUCAGCACACACCGCAUAUUAUUGUACAUGGGCUGGAGUGCAUUAUACUGUCAUACUGCAGUUCAAGGAGUCAUUUGUGAUGCUGGGUAUGAAUAUGUUAUGUCAUGCAGGGACAUUGUGCAAAUCAAAUUUGUGGGUAGGCACCAUUUCAAAACCACACACAAGACAUAAACAAUACAUAUAUGCAGAUAUUUGAUGUUCUUGAAACUUUAUGCAACUGUUAUAUAUACAGACAUGUCCAGCUAACCUUGUUUACUGAGAUGUAAAUCGUGAAUGUCAUAAUGUAACAGCUCACUGAUGACGUGUUUUUGAUAGGAGUUGUGAUCUGAUGGUGGAAGCUCACUUGGCCACAUUACCCUGACUGCAAGUUUGCUGCAACUUUAACCACGUGUUAUUCCCAGUCAGUGUAGACAUGUUACUGGUUGAUUGAAUAAUUUAUUUAUUUGCUGCAUUUUUACAAAAUAUUGGCUAGGCACGCGCAUACCUGCAUUGGCACAACGCCAAUGUCAUGAAUGGUGGCCAUUUUUUGUUUCUUUAAAUCCAUUCAGAUUAGGCAGACAAGCAGUAACACGCAUAAAACAGUAUUAAUUCAGUACUUGCAGUCAUUGGACAACUCAAUACGUGUUUUGAUAAGGUAAAUCAAAGUGCUAACCUGUGAUUUGAAGUACCUUUCUUGAAUAUAUAACCAGGUACAAUACAAGAGAUACAAAAAAAGUAUGCAGAAGCCUUUGGACGGAUACACAGUGGCUGCCUUGUGAAAAUUAGAGACAGCCUGUGUUUUCAUAUAUGCUUCAUUUUAGUGACAGGGAUUGACACUCACAAACUGUGAAAUUAAAAUUAUUUACAAAUAGCACUCCAUCAUGCACAUAACAGAUCGAAAUCUUCCGAAUGAAAACUAUGUUGAAUUAUAUUCUAUUGCUUUUAACGAUAAUACUUAUUUUAUAACGAAUUCCAAUAUAAUAUUAUCAUUCAUGUCAUUUAAAUGCAACUCUGUUUACAUGCAAACAUAAAGGAUUUGUAUAUAUAUACAUACAUAUAUUUAUUUUUAUUCAAUGUUCCGAAGCAAAGCUGUAUAUUGUAAAGUGAUACAUCAGUGCCGGUCCUAGCCAAUGUGGAGCCCUAGGCGAGCAUCACCACCCGCGUCCCCUGCCCGAGGCAAAUUGAAAUUGGAUGGCCAGCCGGCUCCCCCUCAGAAGUUGUCGCCCUAGGCGGCCGUGCUGGUGGCACCAUGCACUAGGACUGCUUCCAGCUGGGAGCGAAACACGCCAUCUCAUUACCAGCUGUUCCACUAUCGAAAACAGUCUGCUACAGAAAUGUAGUUUCGUUAUUUAAAUUAAUCAAUAUAUGUAAAUGAAAAGGGAGGGGUAGAUUAAAUUUAUUUCAAACUAUUAUGCUGCGCAUAAAGAAAAUAUGUGGUCUAUAUUAUUAUUAUUAUUUUUAUAACAAUUUCAUGUAUUUUUAGAGGACUAGACAUAUUAAAUAUGUACAGUAUAUAUAAAUAUAUAUGAUUAUACCCGAGAAAUACCAUUGUCUAUUGAAUUUUAAGCCACUUUCUACAAACAACGUCGAAAGUUUUCUCCUCAGACUACAUUGUUUUUGUAUUUAUUUCAAUUCUUUGUAUCGUCGUCCCUUUUUAAAUCUAAUUUCUCCAGUUUCCCCGCUUUCAUUGCCCUUUCCUUAUUCACUUUCUUAUUCCCAACUUUCCCAUCGAAUCUUUCUCCAUACAUUCCUUCACGCAAUAAGUACUGUACCUGUAUUAACUGUUUAUUUCUAAGAAGGAUGAUAAUUGUGACAACAAUAUACAGAACCAAAUAUUUUUGAGAAUCUGUACUGUAAUUAUGAAUAUGAAUAUAAAUAGAACUGACCACUCCUGUGAUCGGAUUUCUGCUUUGGGCAAUGUCAACAUUUAUGUCAGUUUCUUCUACACUUCAGUAAAUCCUGAAAAUGUCCAUAUGUGAAUGUUGGAGGUUAAAUUUGUUUUAUGAUGGCGCUUAUUACAUGCAUAUAAUAAUCAAAGAGUCAUGGUCUGUAAUGCAUGACAUUUUCUGGUGCUGGUCUUCCACAUAGCAGUCAAUGACGUAAUAUUUAUUGUCGUACAGAAUUUUAUCAGUACGAAAACAUACUGUAUAUUCGAUUUCACGCAGCCACUUCCUGUUAAUGUUUAAAGUCUUAACACGGUAACGCCGCGCGUAGCUUUACAUCUUUUACAAUCCAAAUUCAGCGUACAUCCUGGAGAGCUGUGGGAAAAUGGCUAAUCAUACGUGAGAGUGUAUCUGGGUGUUACGCCGAAUCACUUUUUUAGUGCUGAGCUGUAGGGGAUAUCUCCGUAGGGCAGAGCGUGGUUGAAGUGAUUAGAGUUAGCGGUGCAUGGCAUGCACGCCAGCCUGUUCGUAUACACAGGCUCUGCUAUAUAUAAUUCUACAUCUGUACUCCCAGAGAAACGUUUAGGUUUUUAAAAUAAAGUGGUGUCGAUAGCGCUACAAGUCCGCUCAUCGCAAGGGCUAAAGAGGUUAACCUUGGAGGAGCAAAUCUUCUAGUUCUGAGAAAUCCAAGUAACUGAAGGAAAGUGGAGAAAAGUGAACACAUAUUAUCUGAGUGAGAGCCCAAGAAGAAGAAAAAGAGAGAGAAAAAGAGCAAGGGGGAGACAGUCGAUGGAUGCAGCUUGGACAGAGGAGUCGGCACAUUUUUCACUGACAAGGAAAAGGAAACAGCAAAAAUUGAGGGAAAGGGGAAGAACACGGCACCAGCCAUGGUGUGGUGUGAGAAGGGGAUUCAGAUCCUCCUCACCACCGUGGGAGCCUUUGCAGCCUUUGGACUGAUGACUGUGGCCAUUGGCACUGAUUAUUGGCUGUAUGCUCGAGCCUUCAUUUGCAACAGCACUGCCAACUCCUCACAGGAAGACCCACAGAGCAAGGACAAGAAGGACCCCGGUGCACUCACCCACUCUGGCCUCUGGAGAAUUUGCUGCCUGGAAGGGUUGAAAAGAGGUGUUUGUUCACAAAUAAAUCACUUUCCAGAAGAUGCUGACUAUGACCACGAUGGGGCAGAGUAUCUCCUACGGGUGGUGCGAGCCUCCAGCAUCUUCCCCAUCCUCAGUGCCAUACUCCUCCUGCUGGGGGGGGUGUGUGUGGCUGCCAGUCGCUUUUACAAGAGCAAGAGAAACAUCAUUCUGGGGGCAGGCAUUCUCUUUGUGGCUGCAGGCCUCAGUAAUAUCAUUGGUGUCAUCGUCUACAUCUCGGCAGCGCUGAGCGACAUCUCCCCCAAGAAGGAUGAGGACAAGAAGUGGCACUACUCCUAUGGCUGGUCGUUUUACUUUGGGGGCCUGUCCUUCAUCCUGGCGGAAAUGGUGGGUGUGCUGGCCGUCAACAUCUACAUUGAGAAGAACAAGGAGCUUCGCUGUCGCUCACGCACAGACCUCUUCAAAAGCACCACCCAUGCCAUGCUGCGCCUGCCCAGCUACCGCUUCCGCCAUCGCUCCCGCUCCAGCUCACGCUCUACCGACCCUUCGCGGUCCCGUGACCCCUCCCCUAUUGGGGGAGGGGGCAAGAAUUUUGGUAUAACCCCCUCAGCGAUUCUGUCUCAGGGGCCAGCAGGGCCCAUGUCUGUCUCCACCCUACCCAACCCUCACUCCCAUUCGCACUCCGCCCUAGGGGGUGACAUCUCCAUGUACACCCUUUCGAGGGAUCCCAAACUGGCAGGUUUGGGCACUCUAGGGGCGCCACCAGUCUAUGGGACAGUGGAUCGAGCCACUUUGUACCAGCUACAUAAUUGUUUUCCAAAAGAGGGGGGUGGAGGUGGUGGUGGGGUGCUCCUUGGGGGUACUUUGCCUUCUCUCUCCAAGUCCAACAACCCUUUAUCAGUCCAGAAUUCUUCCAAUUCUAACACCCCUCUAAAUACCUCAACCUCCUCUGCCCCAUCGUCUCAGCCCCCGCCUCUACUAUCAUCCACAAUGGAGAGAGACAGGGGCAUGAGCACCCUGGAUAGGCUGGGAAAAGCAGACCGAGAGAGGGAGGCGUCUACCACCAACACACUGAACAGGAAGACCACGCCGGUUUAGAGAUACAGAGAGCGAGGCCGGAAUCAUAGACAGUGAGCAACAAUCGGCUGAGAAUAAUGCAGUGAAUGCAGAGGUGUGACUAAGGAAAAUAUUAACAACAACAAGAAUAACAACAACAAUUUAAUCUAAAAAUGAUUUAUAGUGAAACUUUUUCAUAUUUUUUCAUUAUGUGGUAUGAUUGUAACUUUUAAGUAUCUCCAUAUUACUGUUGUUAUUGUCGAAUUUGUUAUUAAUGGGUUGUUCUGUAGAAUGUUAAUUUUUAAUGAUACAUUUUUAAGUGUUUUUUUAUUUAAAAUUGAGAAUAUACUAUAACUGUGAUUUCUUGCACAGUGACACAAAACCUGAUGAUGUUAGUAAGUGUCAACAUUUGUGCAUGUAUCUAAGUUAUGUGCAUUUAUGUUAUUAAUUAUGAUUAUUUUGAGAAAUUUAAAUUUGAAUUAAAUUUUUCCUGGCAUUUUGUUGUUACUGGCUGAAAACUCUUCUGCUGGACAAUUUUAUUAUGAAUUAAUCUGCUAUUGUUAGGGCUGGGACUAUCACACACACACUACUGCUUUCUUUCUCAGUUUAUAUCUUGUAAUUCAACAAAGAUUUACUUGUAACUGAGCCCCAAGGAAAUCUAGGAGUGGGCUGCCAUUUUCCUCUACACUUUUCUGGUGUAAUACCAAAAUAUAAAUUAUAUAUGUAACAUUUAUUGAUUUUACAGAAAAAUAUGCAAAAAAACCUAUUCCUGUCAAGCUACUAAAGGAUUCUUAACUGAUUUUGAAUAAAAAUCUGUACCUAUAGCACCAAUAAAACAGACCGCAGUAACUCCUAAAACCAUUGCCUGAGGAUGUAUUACCUCACCAGUCAUAAUCCGUAAAAAUAAAUUUGUUGGCUUGUUAGGUAUGAUCGUUAUAAUUUCUGUACAAUUUAAUUUUUAUCAAGGUUAAGAAGUGAAAUUAGCUUCUUAAAGGAGUGUUUCAUUAGCUGUACUGAAACUAUCAACGUCCCAGUCCUAAAUCAUGCCAGUAAUGAUCAAGACAUGGUUCAUUCUUAUUGUUAUUAUCAGAACUGAAAAUGAUUGAAAAUCUAUGUGAACAGUAAUGUGACUGAGGCCAUAUCAUCCCUACAAUAUAGAAACAGCAGAUUCUGAUUACAAUUUUAAUGUUUAUAUCUGAUGAUUGAUUUCACAUUGAUACAAUAUACAAAAAUGUGUGAGAAAAAAUAUAUAUGUGUAUGUGUGUAUGUGUGUGUGUGUGUCAUCACAAUUAUUAUAAGCAUGUGACGACAACAAUCAGGAGAAUAACACAAAACAGAAAACAAAGUACAUCUUGGUGUUGAUUACACAAACAUAAUUUUUGUAAUGGUGGUAUCAACACUGUUUUGUGGUUUCACCUCACUUCAGCCUCCUGUGUACACACAUACACACAAACAUAACAUGUACACAUAUUAUCUACCACAACAAAAACAUGACUGAGGGGCUUAAACACAUUAUCCAAGACAAUGUUGGUACAUUAGUGUUAAUGAAUUAUCAUACGUUCAUAUGUAAUAUAUUUAGUUACAGAACGAUCUUCUAGUCUGUUGUCUUACCACAGUUUCUGUGUGCCUAUGGAACGUUUUUUUUUUUUUUUCAUUUUGUGGAUCGUAGGUGUUCAAAUGCAUGGAUCACUGAGGGAUCUCCCUGAGGGGUCCCCUUUUUACACAUUAGGGUAGCUAGCUACUACAGACUGCAGCCUUUGUACCAGAGCAUUCAUGGCACCAAAUCCUUUGGGACUGUUAAUGGUGCCAAAAAAACAGAAGAAUGAUUUUAUUGAAAGUAAUAUUGCAUUUAAGUUAUGGGAGAUCAUGUUGUCACACAACAGUUAAAUAAAAGCUGGACGACAAGUUGUAUCAGAGGGUUUCUGCUUGCGUAGAUGUUCAUCCAUUAUAAUCACAAAUAGUAUUAAGUUUUCUUUGAUAGGAAAUUAGGGGUUUUUUGGAACUGUUGUCAUCUACAAACAACAUACAGUUCACUGCAUAUUGAAGGGAACCUGUUGGGCUCUAUUCCACUUUUCAUUAUUUUAUUUUUGGAGUCUACUAGAUGGGGCGGCAUGGUGGUGCAGUGGUUAGCACUGUUGCCUCACACCUCUGGGACCCGGGUUUGAGUCUCCGCCUCCGAGUUUGCAUGUUCUCCCCAUGUCAUCAUGGGGUUUCCUCCGGGUACUCCUGUUUCCCCCCACAGUCCAAAAACAUGCUGAGGCUAAUUGGAGUUACUAAAUUGCCCGUAGGUGUGUAUAUGUGAGUGAAUGGUGUGUGAGUGUGCCCUGCGAUGGGCUGGCCCCCCAUCCUGGGUUGUUCCCUGCCUUGUGCCCAUUGCUUCUGGAAUAGGUUCUGGACCCCCCGCAACCCAGUAGGAUAAGCGGUUUGGAAAAUGGAUGGAUGGAGUCUACUAGAAUAGAUUUACAUGCUUGAGUGUUACAGUCUGAAACACUCUGUUAGAGCUUUCAGGCCCAUCCACAUUGAGCCCAAUGUGUUCUGAUUGGUCAGCUUUCCCUACACAUUUUGCCCCUGUUUAAUUAUCUAUUGGCAAUUAAAAAGGUCAAUAGGAUGUUGGGUUACAUCCCUAGGUGUGUGCAGUUUAUGUCAAGGGAGGUGAUGCUAAGAUUAUAUAAUUCCUUAAUAACACCCCACCUGGAAUGUUAUAUGCAGGUUUGGUCACCUUACCUUAAAAAAGACAUUGUUGCCUUAAAAAGGGUUCAACAUGGGGCUACAAGAAUUAUUUCUGGUCUUAGAGGAAUAUCUUACAAGGAGAUGUUAGCUGAGCUGAAUCUGUUCAGUAUAAAACAAAGGAUACAAAGAGCGGGCAUGAUCCAGUUAUAUAAGAUUCUAAUAGGUCUGGAUGCUGUUUAACCAAAUAGUUCAACCAAAUAGUUACCUAAUAUUAGUUCAGAUACAAGAUUUUGUGGCCAUAGGUGUAAAUUAGUGGGAGAACAUUUUAAACUGGAUUUAAGAAAGCACUUUUUUGCACAGCGUGUUGAUAUGGAAUAGUUUACCUUUUAGUGUAGUGCAAGCUAAAACCAUGGGUUCCUUUAAAUCAGAGCUAGAUACGAUUUUAACAACUUUUGAAUUCUGCCCAAAUGAACUUGAUGAGCUUUGUAAAUUUCUUAUGUUCUGUCUUGCAGUCUACACACAGAUCAUAGCAGGUAUGCGGCCAAUGAGGAUUGUGUUAUGAGGUAACCUCAUUACUGUAUGUCACAGAAGUAAGGGCUGGAAUUCCAACAAGGCAUUUCAAGCAGAUUAGAGAAGAGUGGUAUAUGUGGUAACAGUUGCUACCUUUGGUGUGCAGCUUUAGGCAGUUAAGACUUUGCAGACUGUUUUCAUGCACAUAAAGCUAUAUAAGACACUAAUGGACAAUGGAAAAAUCAGAAAAGCAUAAUGCAUCCUCUUUAAAUAACCAAUGAUUUUGUUUCUUUUUUUUAGACAACUAGAUGUGAUGAGAUUUGCAAGGUCUUACAAGUAUCAUAUGUGGAGGGCUAUGAAUUUAAGAUGAUUCCAAGAGCAUUCCUUGCAUUUGACUUCCAUUCUUUCAUUUGUCUGUUUGAAAAGUAUCAUAAUUGUUAAAAAACAUUCACAUUUUAACAAUGUUAUUUGUUUACCUUUCCUAACUGGAGUAAAGGUGACAUGUUAUGCAAGUAAGAUAACUCCAAGGUUCACAUAAAUACACUGCAGCGUAAUUUGCUAGAUGCCCAAAGCUGCUAUCACAGCCUUACUUUUAUAAUCAACUAUUUUUCAGCAACACUUUUCAAAGGCUAUGAGGUGUACCAUUAAGGGAAGUAGCGAGUUUUUUAUGGGCAAAAGGAAUGGAACCUUUGAGUGAUGCACCACACUCGUAUGGGGGGGGAGGCACAUGAAAGAUUAGGUGAGAUUAAGAAAGACAGUGUGAAGGCAGCUUUAAAGGGCAAAGAUCACUUCUAUCCCUAGUCACAUAAGCAAAAGGCACAGAGAGUAAGUUUGCCACAAUAUCAUAAGCUACUAGGAAGUUAGGAAGUCCUUGAAAUGUCUCUGUUUCAAUUAUUUUCAUGUCAGUUAUAUUGAUAAUUUACACUUUUCCCUGCCUUUUUGGCGAAAGGUGGAGAACUUGCGCAAUCUGAAACCCUAAUGAGCCAACUGCCUAGUUGCUUCCGUAAAAAACAGAAGUUGUAGGUGGCUAAAUGUGUGUUACCAUUAGAAAUGUUGACCAUUUGAUUUUUUUUGACAGCCGACUAGCUGUGUUUUACCUUGCUUGCUUGCUAGCUAGUUGCACAACCUUUAGCAAUAAAGGUUUCUAAUUAACAUGCUUUGUUUUUUAGUCCUCUUUGCAGUAUUAUAUUUGUGCAAGUGAAGAGUUUAAACACAGGAUGUUUGCUUAUGCACCAAUAAUUUUUCUGGUGAACGAAUUAGCUCAUAAUGAGAGAAACUGAUGAUCCUGUCAUCUGCCAACCUCUUAUCCAGAGUCAUGGAGAGUCUGGAACCUACCCAAAGAAGCACACAGAAUAUGGUAGGGGUACACCAUUGGCAGCGUGCUAGUUCAUUGCAGGCCACGCAUUUAAAGAAGCCAGUUAACCUUGUCACAUGUCUUUCAAUCUAAGGAGGAAACACGCUUAGCAUCAAGAGAACAUGCAAAACUUGCAGGCAUAGUGUGGGAUUCCAAACCCAAGCUUGGAUGUGAGAAUGCUGCCCACUGAUAUAUAGUAUUAUAAUGUUGCGUGUUUGUAAGUGUCAUACGCACACAGACCACACACACACACCCUAACAAUACAUAAAGACUAAUAUACAAAUUGUAGUCUUAAUGGAAGAUACCUGCCACUAUUUAAUGAAAUUAGUAAAUUAACGUACAAUACUUCAGAAUAUUUUCAUAAUGCAGUAGGACCCAGCUCUACAUGUUCUAAGGAGUAACUCCCGCAGACACACAAAGCAGAUAUAUGUGGAACCCAUGUAUCUGUCAAAAUGAUCUUUAAGAAUGAGAGCUUAGAGCUCCCUUGCACAUGCUGCUGUAGCAGGACAGAGUGGUAAAUGAAUAGCUCAAAGUUUAAUCAUUGUAGAGCAGCGGAGUGUUUUACUGUGACAAAGCACUUAUUUAUUAAUGUAUGUAUUUACUGUCAUAAAGUGGUUUCACUGCCUGCAGGUCAAUCUGCAGUGACAAGGUACUUAAUGCAUGUGACAAAGGGAAGACCAGGUGUGAC